AUGCCCUGGCGUCACCCCAACCUCCGAGCCCAGCAGGUGGCGCCCAAGGGGUUUUCUGGCGAAGGCUGGCGCCGAAGGAGAGACCUGGGGCAGCCGGGGCUGCCUCCGCCUGAGCUCCGAUCAGCGCCCGGCACGUGGAGAUCGCGGGGCCCCAGGGCCUCGAGGGGCAGCGCUGAGUGGUGGCCGGCCUCCAGUGGCGAGUCCUCGCUCACAGAGCCAGGGGCGGAUGUCUGGAGUUCCCGGCUGCGCCUGCCCCCUCUGCCCACCAUGGCCCCGCGGGCGACGCGGAGCAGGACAGGGCUGAGGUCACUGCUGCAGCCACCCCGACACCACAGGCCUCAAGAGUGCGAGGACUCCAGGAGGGGCUCGGCCAGGAAGACCCCGGGCUCCUUGGGCUCCUUCCUAGGAGAGUUCCUCCCUCGCAGGUUCCGGGAGUUCCUGAACCAGCUCGGUGCAGAGUGGGUUGAACAGCCACAGCCACCGCCACCGACAUCCUCAGAAUCGCCACAUCAGAGGGGUGCAUCAGAGCGCUGGGAGGGACCGUCCCCUCCGAGUCCCAACCGCUCCUUCCUCCCGGACUCGCGGUGCCAGUCAUUGAACUUCCAGAAUAGUCUUAAGAAGAGUUCACUUGAUCAUAUACCUAGCCUGCGGCCUCUGAGGAGAGAUCAAGAACAAUUCAUCAAGGUCAAAAAGGCCAACAGGCCCCACGGUCUCGGGGUGCCCAAGCUCAAGGCCGAGCUCACCCACAGCUCCUCGGAGGAAAGCUCGGGGCACCACCGGCGGUGCAGUCCCUUCCGAGUGCGGUUCGCUGACGAGACCGCAUGGGACACGGCCUUCCGCUACUGGGAGCGCAGCCGUGCACUGCAGCAGGACGUCACCGUCACCGAGAACAAGCCAGCCACCCAGUCGGAGGCAGCAUCGGAGCGUGCGCUUGGGAGCUUCGGGAGAUGGGUGGAGAGUCUGCCCGAAGCUCUGGACUCCCAGGCCAAGGAGGAGGCCGCAGCCAGCUCCCUGUCCAGCUGGAACAGCCCCAGCCUGCCCAUCCCGGAGCUGGAAGACUACCUCUCUGAGGACACCCCUCUGAACAGCAGCCUGCCCUACACCCCCAGGACCACCACCCAGAGGCAGCUGAGAGACCGCAAAUCCUUUCUGGGCACACACAGCAUUCUCGACCAGGUGGGCAAAUCACCCUCCUCCUGGAGCCAGAACCUGGAGUCCUUCCUGCCCCGGCUGGAGCUGCACUCGACCCUGAAUCAAGGCCGCCUGAAGGGAUACCAGCUCCUCCUGCCUUCAGUAACACGGCAGCAGGCUCAGCAGUAAAAGACUUCCAGAGCCGAGCCCAGGUGUGGACGUGGGCCGGGGGCGAGGAGAGGCCUUCCUUGGCCCACAAAUAAAUGUGCAUCCCAGGUGCCUGGACCUUGCUGCCAGGUCUCACCCUACAAGCCCCUCCAGGUGCCUGGUGUUGCUGUUCUCUAGGGGGCCCAGACCAUG